AAUAAUAAUAAUUAUUAUAAACACCAAUUUAAAUUAUUAUAGUAAGUAAAGUCUUCAUUUCCCACAAUGCCUUGUGAUUACUGACGCCACUACCUCUCCAAUCACGUGACAAUCCACUAUGGCUUCCCUUGAGUAGUGAGGGAGGUACAGCGUCAACAACAGAGCAGAACCUUGACUUGUAACCUCUUCUCUGUCCACGGACUGUGUGUGGAUUAACCAUGCAGAAGAUCAAGUCCCUCAUGACUCGGCAGGGCCUGAAGAGUCCUCAGGAGAGCAUGACAGACCUUAGUCCUGUGGAGAACCUGAGGAUCCCCAGCAAGGAGGAGUUGCGGGAGCUGAGGGAGCAUUCCAGUGACCCCCUGGCAGAGCAGGAGAUCAUCAACAGCAUUGAGGAGAUCUACUUCUCUAACGACUCCUUUGACAUGGUGCAGCAUGAACUGGAGAAGCUCCCACCUGAGCUGAACCUGCAGGAGCUGGAGGAUUACAGAGACAAGCUAAAGAGACAACAGGCAGCUGUUUCUAAAAAGGUGGCAGAUCUCAUCCUGGAGAAACAACCGUCUUAUGUCAAGGAACUGGAGAGAGUGACAGCGUUGCAGUCCAACCUGCAGCUGGCAGCGGUCAUUUGCACUAACGCGCGGAGACAGCUGAGUGUAGCCAAGGAAGGAUUCACUGAGGCCAGUCUGGGUUUACUGGCCAAUCAGAGGAGGCGACACCUGCUGACGGGCCUGUUGAAAUCUCUGAGAACCAUAAAGACACUGCAAAGAACAGACGUGAGGCUCUGUGAAAUGCUCGAGGAGGAAGAUUAUCCAGGUGCGAUCCAGCUCUGCCUGGAAUGUCAGAAGGCUGCCAGCACCUUCAAACACUACAGCUGCAUCAGUGAAUUGAAUUCCAAACUGCAGGACACUCUGGAGCAAAUUGAGGAGCAGCUCGACGUAGCCUUGUCCAAGACCUGUAAGCACUUUGAUGUUUUGCACUACACCAAGGUCCAGCUGGCCUACACACUCCUGGGCAAGACACAGACUGCAAUGGAUCAACUGCACAUGCACUUCACCCAGGCCAUACACAACACUGUUUUCCAAGUGGUGCUGGGAUAUGUGGAGCUGUGUGCGGGGAACGCUGACACAAAGUUCCAGAAGAUGCAAUACAAAGACUUGUGCACGCAUAUUACCCUGGACAGCUACAUCCCCUGUCUGACAGAUCUGUGCAAGGCAUUGUGGGAAGUGAUGCUGAGCUACUACCGCACCAUGCAGUGGCAUGAAGAGCAGGACAAGCAGGAGAAAACAUCUACUCCAGACGACACAGCUGCAGCAGAGUCUGAUGAGUUGGUCGUGGACCGCAGCUAUGUCAAGAAGAAACUGGAGCACGGCUUGACGCGGAUCUGGCAGGAUGUCCAGUUGAAAGUUAAAGCCUACAUUCUGGGGACGGACAUGUCCAACUUCAAAUACGAUGAUUUCAUAGUUGUACUGGAUGUCAUCAGCAGGUUGAUGCAGGUGGGGGAGGAGUUCUGCGGCAGCAGGUCCGAGGUCCUGCAGGAGUCCAUCAAACGGCAGAGUGUCAACUACUUCAAGAACUAUCACAGGGCACGACUUGAAGAACUGAGGAUGUUCCUGGAAAAUGAGACAUGGGAACUCUGUCCUGUCAAGUCUAAUUUUAACAUCGCCCAGCUCCACGAGUUUAAGUUCAUGGGCCAGUGUCGCUCUCCGUCCAUGUCUCCAAGCAGACAGGUGGCUUCGCCCUACGCCCCCGACCAGAAGGAACUGUCCCUGUUCCAGCAGUACCUGCAGGAGGGAAACCCAUUUGAGGUGCACAUCGAGCACAAAGAGGAGGAGACGGAGGACGUGCUGGCGUCCAACGGGUAUGAGUCAGACGAGCUGGAGAAGAGCGUAUAUCAGGAUUAUGACAGCGACAGUGAUGUCCCCGAGGAGCUGAAGCAGGACUUUGUGGAUGAGCAGACGGGCGACGCCCCUCUUAAGAGUGUGUCCCGGGAGACCAUAAGAAGCAAGAAAAAGUCGGACUACAAUCUCAACAAAAUCAACGCGCCCAUCCUCACCAACACCACCCUCAACGUCAUCCGGCUGGUCGGGAAGUACAUGCAGAUGAUGAGCAUCUUGAAGCCGAUCGCCUUUGACGUCAUCCACUGUGUGUCCCAGCUCUUCGACUACUACCUGUUCGCUGUGUACACCUUCUUUGGCCGGAACGACAUGCCUGUCCCCAGCCCGUCUUUGUCAACUCAGGUUGGCAGAGAGGUGGGCACUGCCCGGGCGGUGGGCCCUGUCUUCUUGUAUGAGUCAUCAGGUCUGGGCCUAAUCAGCAGCAGACUGAGAACCACACUGAACCGGAUCCAGGAGGGUCUGAUUGACAUGGAGACACUUGGAGAAAAUUCCGGAGUACAUGGACCAGUGGAGGACAGGAAGGAGAAGGUGCCCAGUCCCCAUCUGAGCCAGCUGGUCGUCCUCACCAACAGUGGGAAUCUUUAUGGACUCGCACAAAGGGUAGUGGCAACCGAGUCUCUUGUGUUUUUGGCUGAACAGUUUGAGUCGCUUCAGUCCCAUCUGGACACAAUGAUGCCUGCAGCCAAGAAGCCUUUCCUUCAGCAGUUUUAUUCCCAGACGGUUUCUACUGCCAGUGAACUGCGGAAGCCCAUAUACUGGAUCGUGGCAGCCAAGGCCAUCGACUACGAACAAAUGUUGCUCAUGAUGGCCGGGGUUAAAUGGGACAUUCGAGAGAUAAUGUCGCAGCACAACGUUUACGUGGACGUUCUUUUAAAGGAGUUUGAGCAGUUUAACGAGCGGCUGAGUGAUGUUUCUAGGUAUGUGCGCAUCCCGCUGCCCGUGUCCAACGUCCUGUGGGAGCACUGCAUCCGUCUGGCCAACAGGACUCUGGUCGAGGGUUACGCCAACGUGAAGAAAUGCAGCAACGAGGGCCGAGCACUGAUGCAGCUGGAUUUCCAGCAGUUCCUCAUGAAGCUGGAAAAGCUGACCGACCUGCGACCCAUCCCCGACAAGGAGUUUGUGGAGACUUACAUCAAAGCCUACUACCUGACGGAGAAUGACAUGGAGCAGUUUAUCAAGAACCACAGGGAGUACUCCAUGAAGCAGCUAGCCAACCUGGUCAACGUUUGCCUGGGAUCGCAUAUAAACAAAAGGGCUCGGCAGAAGCUCCUUGCUGCCAUCGACGACAUCGACCGACCCAAGAGAUAGACUGAAGCCCACAGGAGGUCCUACAUGUUUCCAUGGACGUGGCUCAUGAGUAAAAAGUGUUUUUUUUUUUUUAAAUUAAAGUGUUGAACAAGCUCUUCCCAACAGUUCACUGUUUAAAUGUAUGGUAGAAGCUAAUUGUCCGUUCAAAUAACAGUUGGUUAUAUCAUCGUAAACGCUCGUCGGACGCACCUCAGUGGUGAUGUCACCGACUUAACAAAAACCUCUGCUAACAUUAACAUCAUUUUAUUGGCCACAUUAAACAGAUCAUUAGCUCUAAUUAUAACUUUGAAGCGAGGCUUUAGCCUGUUAGCAUUCCAGGUUAUUUUUCUUCCCACCGUGUGUUGCCACUGAGACUGAAGGAAACAACAACAGGUGAAAGUGGACACGUCUCAGUGUGUGGUGGUCAGUGUGUGUCAGUGUGAAGAGUCUGAUCAUUACAGCCUGCCGCUGCUGUCGACUGGAGCUGUCGUUUAUUUUAAAUGGAUCCAGUCUGUGUGUGUGUGUGUAUGUGUGUGUGUGUCGAGUAUAAUUCGGGGGGAUUUACUGGAUAAUCUGAAUAUUUGUCUUAAUUUAAUCUUUGAACGGCGUUAAUUCCAAUCUCGUAAAUUCUACACAACGCUGACAUUAUCCAGUUAAUGUGCACGGUUGUUUAUUUUGACCAAGCUGUGUGUGUGUGUGUGUGUGUGUGUGUGUGUGUGUAUGUGUAUAUGUGUUUGUUGUUUGAUUUUGACUCAAACCAAGGUCUAACGUCUUCGUCUCUUCUCACUCUCAUUUCCCAAGCCUACAUUUUGAAGAUUAGAAAGCUGCUUUGUAGGUUUUGGAGCCAGCAGGGGGCUCCACUCUCUAUUUUUAAAGAAUUGCAUGUUCUCUACAGAAUGGGUGACAGAUGUUCAGGUGUGACAUCCAGAUUUAUACUCAGUCUGUGUGUACAGUACUGUUAGGAACAAGUGCAUUUCAUACUUACUUAACCCUUCAACUCCCGAGGCACUGAUAAUGAGUUAAUGGAUGAACUUUGUUGCCGGGCAGAUCUUCCACUCCUGUCGUCUCCAUCACUCUGUCCAAAAGAAAAGAAAUAUAGAAAUACUGCUUCACUGACUGUAUAUUACGUGUGCAACUAUUCCAUGACAAAUACUGUAAAUGUGAAUGUAUUUGAAUGACGUCUGUAUUUAUUUCUUCUUUUUGAUUUUCUGUUAAUUAUGAUCAUUUGUCACUUUCUAUCGUAUCUGUAAAUUAUCAUUUAAAAAAAAUUACACAAAUAUUUAAAGGCUGUCGAAAUCAAAUGCACUAUAGUGGAAGUCGGUUUAGAGAAUUAAAGUAGGAUGAUUGGAAGAAUAAACCUGUGGUCUGUGAACACU